ACAAUUUAGUUUCUCUCUAAAGGUUCACCAUAGUUCAUUAACUGUUCUGCUACACUCUUCUCCAAAACUACAUACUACAGAAUUGCCUACAGUCACUAGUUUUCAGCCGAAGAGGUUUAUUGCACGAAAACACUAGUUUAGUCUUUGUAAUCUCAAUAAUGGCGAGAUUUUUGGACUUCAUUUUGCUUCUUCUUUUGGUUACUUCGGUUAAUUUUUUGGCUUUUGAAGCACGUCCUCUCAAUAUCUUGAAGAUUCACGACUCUGGCUUUGGUUCUGGCUCUGGCAAUGUAGCAACUUUUGAUUGGUUAACUUUAGGUUCUAUUAAGGAUGGGCCUAGUCCUGGUGUUGGCCAUAAGUUUACAACUAGUCAAACUGUUGGAGGAAUUAAGGCAGGUCCAAGCCCCGGAGAAGGACACAAAGUUGUCACAGGCAAUCAUCAAUAAUUCAAUAGUGAUAUAUGAACCACUAUAUAUAGUAUAAUUGGUUGCAUGCAUUAAAAUUUAAUUGAUAUUAAUUUGUUCCAUUCUUUGCAUAUAUAGUGUUUAGUUCGAUUUUAGUUAGGUGAAUCUAGGACUCGGAAUAAAUUCUGUAUGUUUUUCAAUAAAUAUAUAGAUUUGUACCAAAGUCAUUAAGUUUUACGGAACCUGUACUUUUCAUACUA